AUAUCGCAAGUUGAUAAUUACUAUUUCAAAGUCAGUACAGAUAAUAAGCUCGUAGUGUUCGUAAAAAAUUGUGUCCAGUGUCGGUUGCGCGAUCUUUUUUUGCGAAAUUAAUACUAAAUGCAUCGAAAUAAUGUACCAUAAACGAACAAUCCCUCUUGUUUUCAUAAUAUUAUACCGCGCCUUUAAAUUUUCAAAUAAGCAAUCUGCUAUUGUUACUUAUGUAUCAUUGUUAAUGCUAAUUCUCCUACAAAAAGACCUUCCGGAACAAAAUAUUUGAUUGUGUGUAAUACUGGGUGUAAACGUCCGGAUCUUAAUUACAUCAAGGAAAAUAAUUGAUUGUACGCCAAAGUAAAACGAGUGCCAAUAGUAAAUGUGCAUCAUUUAUCCAGUUCACGGAAGAGACUACCACACGUUCUUGAAUAAGGAAAAUACCAAUUAAGUUCAUAAACUGUACUAAUUUGUUUAUUAAACGCGUUUGCACUGAGAGUUCGGAACAAGAAAGAUGAUGUCCAAAAAGCAGUGGUUUGUGCUGCUAUGCGUCUACGUUGCCUACUUAUUACUGGGAGCAUCCGUUUUUCAUGAAGUGGAAAGCGACAAGGAAUACAGGGAACAGAGAGAAAACCGAAAAGAGCGGAAUGCGAUUGAAGAUCUUCUCGUACGAAAUUACGUACCUUCCAAAGGCCAUCCCCAAGAAGAAAUAUUCGAGAAACUUGUAAUCUACUGUGGAAAACCCCUAAGUGCGAACAAAAGUGACGUGGACCCGCCGAUUAGAUGGGAUUAUUACCAUUCUUUAUUUUUUGUAAUUACGGUUGUUAGUACCAUAGGUUACGGGAACCUAGCUCCAACAACCACACUAACAAGGAUAUUCAUGAUAUUUUACGCCAUCGUUGGUAUACCAAUGAAUGGUAUGCUGAUUAUCAACUUGGGAGACUACUUUGGCAAAUCGUUUUUAAAAUUAUACGAUCGAUGGAAAACAAAACGCGUGCAGCACGCAUUGGCGACCUUCGGGUUGGUAGGACAAGUGGUGCUAUAUUUAAUUCCAGGAUUUACCUUCUUCAUAUUCAUCCCGUCCAUUCUGAUUAUGGUCUACGAAGGUUGGCCCUACGAUGUCGCCGUUCAUUACGCGUUCGUUACCCUUACUACAAUCGGAUUUGGUGACUGGGUUGCUGGAACUGCCGAAAACGAUCACGGCGAAACUUGGUACAUGAUCUACAAAAUUUUCCUGCUGGUUUGGAUAAUCUCGGGCCUUGGCUAUCUGUGUAUGGUAAUGGGAUUCGUGGCGCGCGGUAUGCGAAGUAAAAAGAUGUGCGCAAUUGAACACAAGCUAGCGAUAAAUAUUAAAAGAACCAAUCAUAAAAUACGAGACGAACUCAGAUCGAUUGUUAACGAGUAUUUGUUAUUGCGAGUGAAGCGGGUCUACAGAGAGAAGUUUAUAUACGUUCCGAACAAACCGCAACGUAGCCAAAGUUGUCCAAAUUUAACAAUUCACUCGGCUCCAGAAUCCCCUACGAUCUCUAGGAAGCGAGCAUUUUCCACGUGCGCGGAAUAUGAUGGCGAAAUAAGUAGAAUUCAGUCCGAUUCUGAUCUGGAACGCAUUGACAAAGAACAAACGUUUAAUCCCUCAAAUGCUGUUUUGGAACCAGGCCAAUUACUUUUACGAGUGGCUAACGCCUUAGGGAAUAUGGAUACAGAGACUGACGAUCGUAAGUCCAUCGAUGAUCAUUCUUACGUUGAAGGUAUCAAUCUAUUUCCGUCAAAAGAAAUUCUGGCCACCGAAAAGUAUGUUUCAAAUUGGUCUAUUGGAAACGAAAGGAUCAGUACCAUGCCGGAAAAGGUUAUGCGACCCAGAGCUGCUAGUGAGUGUAAAACGCCAGUUUUCAAAAGGCCUUCGACUGACCAGAACGAUCUAACCUGGUACGGACCAUCCGCAACGCAACGUUUGCAAGAACUUCGAGAACAAGUUAAAUAUAACCAAAUUCGACACAAAUCUCUACCACCUUUUACUCCAUCCGCGAAACCACAAAGCCUAUUCAGUCGAUUAAAGAAUUCGCUAAAACCCGCAAAAGAGAGCGAUAAGAAUGACGACAUAGAAAGCCAAACCAAGCAAAAAGAGAAAGAGAGUGCUUUCGAAGAACCGUGUUACGCACCUGCGAGCAGGCGAGCGUCCAUAUUUUCCGUACAGCACGAACAGGUUCUGGAGGAAACCUCUAUUGCCGAUUUCCUCAGAGCUCUAACCGCUAUCACUGUUCCCGAAGCUGCCUCGGAAACUGCUCCAUUAACGCCAUCAAGCCCGAAUCGUCCACGGCGCCAGCCGAUUCAAAGUCACGCAAGAAGGACGUCGUUAAUGCCCAUAUCUGCACAUCAUCCGAGUCAACAGAGGCGAUUUUCUCUACGGCCCGAGACGACUGAAAGCGAACCUCCACCGCCGUACUACCCCCCGGACUUUUCGAACCUUGUUGCGAAACGUGCCAUCACCAGAAGUAGGAGAUCUUCUUCGCUUCGACCGGGAAACGCAGCAUCCAGUGCGACUUCGUUGCAAAGAAGCGUACUUAAACUGAAGUAUCCUAUUACGAAGGAUAUACGUGAUACAGAUGGUAAAAAUUCGAGUAAUGUAUAGUCAUUUUGGUAUUAUUGCACGCCGUACUCAUUUAUAUGUGCCAAACAUGUUGAAUAAUAUUCGUCUGUGAUUUAGUUGUAACCGUAGUUGGUAGGCGUAUUUUGUAAAUUUGUAUGGAAAAAGUUGAGUAAUUUUAGGUCGUUUUCGUUUUAAUUUUAGCAAUCGUACUGAAUAAUUUGCUUUCUAUGUCAUUUACAAACAAUACUCAUGACUGUAGGUAGAGUAGGUAUACCUAUGUAUAACUGAAA